CUCAAAAGUACAAGAGAACUCAUACUUAGUAAGGAUUCCAACUCCUGUCAUAGUUUAAACCGGUGUGGUCGUGAUCAUAUAUAUAUAGUACUAGAAUAUGGCCGGUCCAGGAUCAUCGCCAUGUGCAUCGUGUAAGCUUCUUCGACGACGCUGUGCAAAAGACUGCAUCUUUGCACCUUAUUUUCCUCCUGACGAUCCUCACAAAUUCGCCAUUGUUCAUAAGGUCUUUGGAGCAAGUAACGUUAGCAAAAUGUUGCAGGAGCUACCGGUUCAUCAAAGAGCUGACGCAGUGAAUAGUCUAGUUUUCGAGGCAAACGCACGAGUGAGAGAUCCAGUAUAUGGAUGCGUAGGAGCAAUCUCCUACUUACAAAACCAAGUCUCGCAGCUUCAGAUGCAACUAGCAGUGGCUCAAGCCGAGAUUCUUUGCAUUCAGAUGCAAAACGAGCCAACCUUACAGUCUCAUCAUCAAGUUCUUGAACUAGACCAAGACCACAAGGCUCUCUUGCUACAAAACAACAACAACAACAUCAGUAACUGCAACAACAACAACAACAACAAUAACAACUUAGGUUAUGCCAUGUCUUCCGGGCAGUUCAACUCUAACUUUGCAUCUCCAAGCAGCAUAAUGCAAAUGCAGAUGCAAAUGCAAAUGCAAGACCCUCUUAAGCAAGAAUCUCUUUGGACUUAAAUUCAAUAAAAUUAAUUUUCGUUGGUUAAAACAAAAAGGCUCAGUGAAGUUUCGACAAGUUUUACUUCUUGGCUAUGUUGAAAAAAGAGAAUAUGGGAACAGGUUUCGUGUAAGGAAAGUAGUAUAAGUCAAAAGCUUAAAUGCAUGCAUGUGAUGGUCAUGAGAUGUGUAGUUAUUAGAAGCUUUAGGAUUAGAGAUCUGUUUUUUUUUUUUUUCUCUUAAUUUGGUUUCGCACUUCUCAUUUUUCUUUUCCCAUCGUUUGAACAGUGAAAAUUAGAUCUAAUUCCAAUCCCAAUUUU